AUUGAUCCCCACCCUCAACCCCAGAGUGUUUUAUUCCAAGUCCCUGGUUAGAAUAAGGACAACAAAUUCCCAGAAUGUUGCUGAUCCUUUUCACCAUCUCCCUGUGUUUUUCCCGGGUCUCUCCCGACAGGAAUGCAUUUACAGUUAUGUAUUUAGCUACCUCUGGCACUGCUGAUUUACCUGAGUAUGUUGGAGUGGGAAUGAUCAAUGGAGUUCCAGUGGCCUAUUAUGACAGCGGUACCCCUCAGAUAAUCUCCCGUCAGCAGUGGAUGACAGAUGCCUUUGAUGAAGAAUACUGGGAAUAUCUCACAAAUCGAGGGAUUAAACAUUGUGCCAUUGCAAAAGAGAACUUGAAGAUGAUAAUGAAGAAUACAAACCAGACAUCCGGAAUUCACAUUUUCCAAUGGAUAAGGAAAGUUGAAAUAAAUGAUGACAGCUCCACUAAUAUCACGAUGCGAUUUGGAUUUGAUGGAAAGGACUUUAUUAGCUUAGAGCCAGACAGAAUGAGAUGGAUCGCAUCCAAUCACUUUGCAGUGAAAACUGCAGAGAAAUGGAAUUCAGAUGAAUCCUGGAACAAAUAUUGGAAAUGGCAGUUGGAAAUAGAACUUGUUGAACGCUUAAAACUACGCUUACAUUUUGGAAAGGAAUAUCUCAAAAGGACAGUUCAGCCUGAAGUGUUCAUCUCCAGGAGGGAGCCCAAUGGUCAGGACAAGCCGCUCACUCUCUCCUGCCUGGUCACUGGGUUUUAUCCUGCAGACAUCGAGGUGACCUGGCUAAGGAAUGGAGAGGUCAUGUCUGAGACCCAAUCCUCGGGGGUUCGACCGAACCACGAUGGGACCCAUCAGAUCCAGAAAGAGAUUGAGAUCAAUGCUGGGGAUGAGGAUCAAUACUCCUGUCAAAUUGAACACAGCAGCCUGGCAGAGGCCCAGCUCUAUCAGUGGGAAGUCCCAGGAAACAGCGCUGGACACUCACAUCUUGAAAUGUUAGGAUUCAUGAUCACUCCACUGGCUAUUAUAGUUGGAAUAAUCGGAUUAGUAAUGUGGAAAAGGACGCAGAGAGGUAAACCUGGAAACCUACAACAACAAUGCCAUGGGAAGUCUGGAGAAGAACAUCAAACAGUUUCUACGCAACCAUUUCUGGAAACGGGACCCACUCUCCACCAACAGGAAGCCACGGAUAAUAAAGUGGAACUGGAGCUAAUUGAAUCCCACACGUUACUCAAGUCAGAGCCUGUUCAGAGAGACUCAGAACCUGAAACCUGACCCAGUGGGAGAAACCAAACUCCUAGCGAACAAGAAUUGAGUCUGGUUCUGACAGAUGAUGUAAAUAAAGUGUAAAGUAAUCCAGGUAAUGACAUUCUCCUAAUCAAGUACAAAGAACAGGAAUAAUGUGGGUUUUACUGAGUCCACAUCCUGGAACUAAAUCAUCACCUGAAGAAUAAUCAGACCCCAAGAAUUUGGAGGAGCUGAGCGGAUGAGAAUGAUGACUGAGAAGAACAAGCUUGUUCACAAAGGGAGGGAAAAGCUGAAAACAGUUUCAAUGGUAUUAAAAUAGAAGUAACUUCCAAAAAUGUGUUUUUCAAUGUUUCAAACAGUGGUGAAAAAUUAUUAACAACAAGCAUAUUAAAGGUAGGACAUUGAGUGUGCUGCAUUUGAAGGAGAGAGACAGUUUUGAAGAAUAUAACCAAUAGAAACAACACACCGUGUCAUUCGAGAAAGAUUGGCUGAAAGAACAAGUUAUCCAACACUGUGCAGCCGCAAAUGAUGAACAAGUUCCUCUGUUGCGCUCUCUCGCUUUGGAAGUUCUACACAGGAUUAUCACCCGGGUGAGGGAUACUGUGAAAGACAGAACACCUUCAAAUAGUGAGCAGUCAGUUACUGGGAUCAUUCAGACAUUCAGAGCAAAUCUGGGGGAUGAGAUACAGAUUUCACAAGAGACAGUGGGACCUGUUACUAUUCAGUCUGAAAAGGUUAACACUCAGAACUUCAAACAAGAAAUUGAAUGUUUUAUCAGAACAAAUGAUCUGACUGAAAGGGUUAAAAACUGGGAGCAGGACAUUGCUGGGAAAAUCACUGUUUCCCCAUCCAGUGAAUUGUCCACAAUGUUAUGUGGCUGUGGGGAGCAGUGUCCCUUCUGUGGAGGCCUGUGUGAUUGUAUGAACAGGGAGCACACACAGCACAGCGCUGAAUAUCACCGGAGCCAAGAGCUGAAUGAAUACAGAAACAACAUGAAUGUGAAGUUAAGAUCAGAGAAUUAGACAACAGCUGUUGCCAGUUUCACAAAUAAGGACAUGAAAUGGAAUCCACAUUGUGAGAAGGCCUUCAGAGAUCGCAAUGACCAGUGUAGACACUGGAAUGUGCCUUCUGAUAGCAGCAUCAAAACAUUAGACCUUUGGAAGAAAGACAAAACAUUCAGCAGAUCUGACAACAUCUGCGGGGCGACAAACAGUGUUAAUGUUUCAGGCGAUUAUCUUUCAUCUGAACUGGGACAAGUUUGACAUGUGAUAUGUUUUAUGCAGAUGAAAUGAGAACGUUUGGAAUAUGGUGUAAGGUGGGAGACACUAUGCACCAGAAAUUCUUUUGUCACUUAGAGUAACAGGAUCGUACUGAGGCAGAUAAGAAAUGAGAAGUGAGUCUGCUGUAGAUGAGAAGUGAGUCUGCUGUAGAGGUCAUGGUGUCAGUAUUUUAAAAGACAUUGCGGUUUCAUAGCUUGUGACUUGAGGGUAUGAAGAUCUCAUACUCCAUCUUACCUCAGCUCACUUGAAGCAUGACACCGACUGGCAGCAUGUUCCUCUGCGGUCAUCUAAGCAUUUACUGUUAGCCCAGACACCUAUGUGCCUCAGGAAUAUAAUGUUUGUACAUAAUAGUCAACUGUAAUCAGUAUGUGCUGUAUUCGUCAAUAUCACAAUUGAAAAAAAAUGUUUUAAAAUUGA